AAUUAGAAAACAUAAUUAUAUCGAAUCGGAAUGGAUCGGAUGCGGGUGCACCCAUGAAUCGACCUAUACGAGUUCCAGUCUUAUAGAGCAAUCCAGCUUACCAAUUAUAAAAAAAAAAAAAAAAAAAGCCGAUCUGUUUGUGCACUUUCAUUUCCCUACUCAAUACAGUACACUAGUACACUACUCACUAGUCACUCCAGUCACACAAACAUGAACUACUACUGAACCACUCUCGAAUUCUACUAGUCUUACUCUUGAAAAACUUACAAAAAUGUCAACCCUAAUCUCCCUCAAUUCAUCUCUCCUAAUCCUCCACCCCUCCAACCCCAAAUCUCAACCUCAAUCCCUCACUUUCAAUUCCACCACUUUCUCCAAUUUCUCCUCAACUCCCUCCUCAAUCACCUCCAUUAACCAAUCCCAAAUCACCCCCAUUCUCAACCCCUUUACCCGAACACGAACCCGAAUUCAACCCUGCGCCGUCUCAACCACCGACGCCACAAAACCCGAAACCCUAAAAACCCGCCUCAAAAAUGGGGACACUCUCUACGGUAUUUUCCUCUGCUCCUUCUCUCCCACCCUCGCCGAAAUCGCCGGACUUUCCGGGUACGAUUUCGUCGUCAUCGACAUGGAGCACGGCUUCGGCACCAUUCCCGAGGCUCUCACUUGUCUCCGCGCUCUCGCCGCCACAUCAACUCCUGCUAUUAUCCGAUUACCGGAGAGUACCGCAGUUUGGGCCAAAAAGGCCUUGGAUUUGGGCCCCCAAGGUAUUAUGUUUCCCAUGAUUGAAACCCCAAAGGAAGCCCAAAAGGCUGUUUCCUACUGUCGCUACCCGCCCAAUGGAGUCCGUGGGGCGGCCCAUACUAUUGUUCGGGCUUCCGGGUAUGGUAUUGACCCGGGGUAUUUAAGUCAUUGUGAAGAGGAUUUGCUCAUCAUGUGCCAGGUGGAAUGCGAGGAUGCGAUUGAGAAAAUCGAGAAGAUUGCAGCCGUUGAUGGGGUGGAUUGUAUUCAGAUGGGACCGUUGGAUUUGAGUGCGAGUAUGGGGUAUUUGUGGGACCCAGGGAAUAAGAAGGUGAGAGAGAAAUUAAGGAAAGCAGAGAAAGAAGUUUUGGAGGGUAAAAUGGGGAAUGAAAAAAGUGGGGCCUACUUGUCUGGAUUUGCUAUGCCGCAUGAUAGUCCAUUGGAACUGAAGUCACGUGGGUAUCACAUGGUAUCUGGUGCAGUGGAUAUAGCGUUGUUUAGGAAUGCUGUGGUAGAAGAUGUUAAGAAGUUUAAGAUGAGUUUGGAGAAGAAAGAUGAUUCUGAUGAUGAUGAUCAUCAUCAUAAUCAGAUGGUUCAGGGUAAAGAUGCUGAUGAUAAGUACUGGAGUGAGUAGUGAUGUUAGCAAAAUUGGAUUUACUUCUCCUAUCGUUGUUAUCAUCUCUCUUUAUUUCUUUUUUACUAUGUGGAGUAAAAAUUGAGUUUAUCCAUUGUGAAA